CUCCGGCACGAUGCUGCCCCUGUCCCUGCUGAAGACGGCGCAGAACCACCCCAUGCUGGUGGAGCUCAAGAACGGCGAGACCUACAACGGGCACCUGGUGAGCUGCGACAACUGGAUGAACAUCAACCUGCGGGAGGUCAUCUGCACGUCCCGGGAUGGUGACAAGUUCUGGAGAAUGCCCGAGUGCUACAUUCGCGGCAGCACCAUCAAGUACCUGCGAAUCCCCGAUGAAAUAAUUGACAUGGUGAAGGAGGAGGUGGUGUCGAAGGGCCGCGGCCGYGGCGGGAUGCAGCAGCAGAAGCAGCAGAAGGGCCGCGGGAUGGGAGGUGCCGGCCGAGGUGUGUUUGGUGGCCGCGGCCGAGGAAUUCCAGGCAGCGGAAGAGGUCCGCAGGAGAAGAAGCCGGGCAGGCAAUCGGCAAAGCAGUGAGAAGCCGCGAGCGCCAGGGCCAGCGCUGGGAGCCGCUUGGUUUUGCCACCACUUGCGUGCAAAAACAUUAAUUUUCUAGUCCUUAGUCAGCUACUCGAUGCCUGAAUCAUGUCGCUUGGAAGCCCCUCACAGUCCAAUCUGGUAAAGCGAAGUUCUCUUCUUCUAGUCAGAAAAUCUAAGUUGGAAAAUUUAAAAUUUAAAAUUGGAAAUCCCUAAACAAAUCACUCAUGGUGAAGGACCCAACUUCUGUCUUCUCCUGAGAAUGAAAGUGCUGUUUAAUUCUUCAGGGUCACCAGGUUUAAUUUAGUGUUAUCCUGUACAGUGUUUAAAGAACGAAGGCAAACACUUUUUUUCAGGAUGGUUUGUUUUGUUUUAUACUUGAAAUUUGGGGAAGCUGUUGCAUUUGUAACAGAUGCAGACAUUUUGAUUUAAAAACACUGAGCUCGAGGAUAUUGUAUCUUUACA